GUUCGACAGUAUCAGUGUUUGACUGCUUCGACUACAUUCUGCAUUUGAUUAGCCAGGUCUUUCUGUCUCCCACAUGCAAAGUAAAAAUGGCAUCGCAGACGGAAACGCAAGUUGUUUCUGCCAAAAAAUCCACUGGGCGAGGACCACGCAGAGUGGCCAAUCAAAUUCCAGAUGACAUUUUGCAGGACACUGAGUUGCAAGAGGCGAUCGGUGUCCUACCUGCAAAUUACAACUUCGAGAUCCACAAAACGGUGUGGCGGGUGAGACAGGCCAAAGCAAAAAGAGUGGCCCUGCAGCUACCUGAGGGACUGCAGAUGUUUGCCUGUGUCAUCGCCGACAUCGUCGAGAGGUUUACGGAUGCAGACACCAUCGUGAUGGGGGAUGUGACGUAUGCCUGCUGUGUGGAUGACUUCACCGCCCGCGCCCUGGGAGCAGACUUCAUGGUGCACUAUGGCCACAGCUGUCUGAUCCCUAUAGACUCCAACGCAGGCAUCAAGAUGCUGUACGUGUUUGUGGACAUCCAGAUGGACAACGCUCACUUCCUGGACACAGUCAGGUUCAACUUCACUCCCGGAAACACCCUGGCACUCGUCAGCACCAUCCAGUUCGUGGCUGCUCUGCAGGCGGUGAGCGACGCUCUGAAGGCAGACUUCCAGGUCCUGGUGCCCCAGUGUCGGCCGCUGUCCCCGGGGGAGAUCCUGGGCUGCACGUCGCCAAGGUUGGAUCGCCACGUCAACGCCAUCAUAUACCUCGGAGACGGACGCUUUCACCUGGAGUCCAUCAUGAUCGCCAACCCGGACAUACCUGCCUACAGGUAUGACCCAUACAGUAAAGUGUUCACCAGGGAGUACUAUGACCACGAGGCCAUGCGGAACCUCCGGAUGCAGGCCAUCGACAAGGCUCGCUCUGCCCAGACAUGGGGCCUGAUCCUGGGCACCCUGGGCCGGCAGGGCAGCCCCAAAGUCAUGGAGCACCUGGAGUCCAAGCUUCAGGCUCUUGGCAAGUCCCACGUCAAAGUGCUGCUGUCUGAGAUCUUCCCCAGCAAGCUGGAUCUGAUGGCAGACGUGGAUGCGUGGGUUCAGAUUGCGUGCCCGCGCCUCUCCAUCGAUUGGGGAUCUGCCUUCACCAAACCCCUACUGUCUCCCUAUGAGGCCGCUGUUGCUCUGCAGCAGGUGGACUGGCAGGACGUGUACCCCAUGGACUUCUACUCCAAUCAAAGCCUGGGGCCAUGGGCGCCCAACCACCCUGACCACCAACCAGCUCGGCCCGUCCGUAAACAGACCAAGAAACAUGGCUUGCCGCCAUCCCUGGACGCUCAGCCCUGCGGGCAGCAGAAGUGCGCCCCGUGUGGCUGUCAGGGAGAAUGACAGGCCACCCCGCCUCCCGUCGCCCCACCACUGCAGGAAACGGAGCAGCCAUAAAGAGGCUCACGGCUCCACCUGACAGCUGGGCUGGAUUGCUUUUCAGGUUCCCUUUGGAUGGAUGGAUGGAUGGAUGGAUAAUGCUUCUGCCAUUUCGUUUUUUUUUUUAGUGCAACCAAAUGGAACGUGUCCCUACGCACAAAUUGUUAAAGGGGUCGUCUGAAAAAACAUUCAGAGAUGCAGCUUGUGUGUGUGUGCGUGCGUGUGUCCGGGUGUGUGUGAGUGAGUGAGAGCGGAAGAGAAAUAAAGGAAUCGUUUGAGCAAAGGCUCAAGUCUUGCUCGAGUCUUUGUGAGGCUAAGAGAAGAGGAGGAAUGACCCUGAGUGGCGUCUCUGAAGCAGCAGGCGAACAUGCGCGUCUUCUUUCAUCCCUGAACAGGAGGCAGAAGAUGGAGAGACAGAGAAACAACACAGCCUUUUAUUCACUGGUCUUUGGUGGAGUUUUCUCAACCUACCAAAUACAACCAAAAAAAAACGAUUUUAUUUUCAAUGCGCGCUGAUAUUAAGUGCCACCAAAAAGAGAUUCGUUCUUCUUUAUCAGUUGUACAUCAGAGCCGGGGAUCAGAACCUGGCUUUUAAUCAGCAGAGGAAAUGUGGAAGUGAUAAUACUUUCAAAACGCUUUCAAAUUUGUCAUUGUUAUCUCAACCAUCUUGUAUCUCAGUAAUUCGGGUCACUCAUCUGAAGACAUCUUCUGCCUGUAUCAGAAGAACACGUAUUUAUUUAAAAUAAUGCACAAAUAAACAUAAACCUAUGUCAAACA